AUGGCUGACAUUGAAAUGCACAUGGGGGACAACGCGUCUGACCCUCAUCGCGGGAACUACGACCGCGACGAUGCCAUGAAAAUGGAGCCUGAAGAAGAAAAGGUCGCAGAAGAGAGCGAAGAAGAGUCAUCUGGAGCCGAGGAUCAGACCCACGAGGAGGAAUUAGAACAAGAGGAUCCUGAAGCACUUGUGGAAAUUGAUCCAGCUGCCGUUGUACCAGAGCGCAUCCGUCCCCAACCCCGCGUGGACUACACAACUCCGGAGGCGAUAGAAAAGGCUGGGUUGACUGGUGUUCCCGAGAACCCACAAGAAUACGAAGAUGGAGAGUAUGUGAGUCCCGAACCUGUGGAGAACGUCGCCGCAGAGGAUGAAGACCACAGCAUGCAACAAUAA